AUGGCCACGCCAGUUAUCCAUGUGACGAAUCUGGACCUUUUCAGUUUUUUUUUUUUUUAUUUGAGAACUUCAACUUUUUGGCAGUAUACUGCUUUCUCUUUCGCUUACAGUGGCAAUAAGGUUUCCAGUAAGUGGCAUUCUGCAGCGGAGAGCUCCGUGGCGGCUAGGGCUUCCCUUCUCCGCCUAAUCUGUGUCUCCUCUCCCCUUCUCUUCUCCGGCGUUGCCGGAGGGUUUUCUCCCCUUUCUCCAAAUGGAGGCUGGUCUCCUCUCCUCCGAUUUUUCACCGCUCAGUCUCCCGGUGGACCAGCUAAGUUCAAUCCAAAAAAUUGGAAUCAGAUUUUCGCCCCUGAUACAUCUACUCCGACAACGCUCAAUCUUUCCCACUACCCUGCUGAGCCGGAGAUAGUUCCCUUCACUAAUGACAACAUGUCAAAAGGGGGAGAAGAUUGGAGCUUGUGCUUGGUCGGCUACUCCAUUGGCCGAAGACCGUUCUAUGAAGCUCUCCUAGGAGCUAUUAAGAAAACGUGGAGCCUUAAAGGGAAGAUCAUUGGGUGCUUCCUGAAUUCUUGCCUGUGCAAAUCACAAAUCUUUUUCUGCCCAUCACUGAUGGUGAGGAUUCCUGUUUUCUUUGGAAGAAUAGGUCUAAAUCCAAGUUUAAAGACUAUAUAGAGGAGUUUUACCAUGAUUUAAUAAACUGCAAUUGGCACAAAACUGUUUGGCACAAAAGGAAUUGCCUAAAGCAUAACGUUUAUGUGUGCAUGGCUCUUGUUGGGGCCUUAAAACUGCUGAUGCUCUUCGGAUUAGGCAAAUUAUGGUGCCUAGUAGAUGCAAUCUACGCCAUAUUUUUGAUGAAUCGGUAUCUCAUCUUUUUUAUGAGUGCUCUUACUCUUUUUCUGUGUUAAACGAGCUUAUCUCAGUUACUGUCGGGCUGCUUCUAAGACCUAGUCUGUUACAUCUUUUUUGCUUGGGUUAAUGCUACUUACAAAGGCAAGGCUUCGAUUAAAUUUUUUUACAAACUUAUGAUUUGCUGCACCACUUAUUACAUAUGGAAGGAAAGGAACUCAAGGAGAUUUGGGGACAACAUGCUUAGUUCUACCACGCUAUCUUUACUUAUUAAAAGAGUAGUGUUUGAAAAAGUAUUAAAAUGGAAGGACUCCUCUCAAUUGCUGGAAAUGAUUUAACCAGGCAGGAUUUGGUUUCUGUGAAGUGGAAAUUUUUUGGUUGGUGCAACUGUGCUAACGAAUAUCUCUGUGCUAGAAAAUAUCGGGUCCCCUCGUCCCUUCGAUUUGCCUGAAAAGCUUAGGCUGGACAAUGAUGAAGCUUCCUUUAGCUGGUCCCUUGGACGGCCUUCGGGCAACCAGGGCUCCGUCUAAUUUAAUAUCUGAUUAUCUGAGUCCAGUCUUUUUGGCUUGGGAGCUGGGUAGUGUUUAUUUCUCUAUGCAGGCAUUGGGAUUUUCUGGAGCUGAAACUUUUUCCACUUGGACUACUUCUGCACUUCAAGCUGGCCGCUGCUGCAAGGAUUCAAGUUCUCUUAACUGUUAAUUUCCACUUUUUGGGAUCUUAUAUUGUUUUUGUUUUGUAAUGGGUGGUAUAGUUGGGGUUUCACUUUUAUUCUAUCCUUCAUAAGUUUUUGUUCUUUCUUAUGAUGGAGUUUUACAUGUAAUCUUUUAUUUACUUGUAACCUUUUCUUCACAUAGUAAUAUAUGGGCUUAGGCC